AUGAAAGGGAUGCAAGCCAUUAGUGCAACUCUUUUCAUGUCAUUUCUAGUUCUGGUGACCAGAGGAAAAGAUGUGCAAUACAGAAGGCAACAGGAAGACAAUACCCAGAUUCUCACUUAUCACCGAGUCAAUAAAACCAUUGUGAUGAAAGAUGGAGAUGUCUAUGACUGCAUUGAUGUGAAUGAGCAACCGACUUUCAGGCACCCAUUAUUGAAAGACCACAAAGUCCAGAUGCAACCAAAUCAUUUCCCUGUUUGGAUGGAUAUCCAAACAUUGCCUUCAGAUGAACCAUCUAUCAUUGAGUGCCCAACGGGAACAAUUCCAAUACUGCGUACUAAUGGAAGUGGCACCAUAGCAGCACAUAGUUACGAUGGGCAAUUGGAGUCAGCGGGACUCAUAUAUCAGGGUGAUGUAUAUGGGGUGCGUGGUGUAUUAAAUGUUUGGGAGCCAAAGGUGAAUAAAUAUAGUAAGGAUUCAAGUGCAAUGUGUGUAGAAAUGAAAAGUGGAGGAGAACAACACACUGACAGGAUUGGUGCUGGUGUUCGGGUCUUUCCAACAUUGAGUGGCGAUACUUUUGUUAGAUUUCAUAUUUCUUGGGUAAUGCUUAAUUUUAUUCAGCAGCAGUUCCGCUGCAUCUGCCACAGCAGGUUCAAAGCAAUGCGAGCUUCAGGCAUCAGGGGGUGA